GGGCGGGGCUUGAUGUGACGGAUUCUGAUCCUUUGGUCAUAAUCUCACCUGGAGCAGAUCGCAGGUGCUUUACUACUGACACGCUUCUGUUUGGAAAGGGAUUCAGCUGCGACAAUCUUUAGUACAGAUCCAGGUUAAGGCUUCAUGAUUAAGCCUGAAGCGUGAAUAACUUGCAAUGCCAAAAAGUGACACGUGGCCAGGUAGCAUUGGCAAGGAGACAAUAGGAGAGAUGGACAGCGCUGACAGUUGUGACAGCGUGCUCAGCUCUUAUUUCAGUGAUGACAGUCUGCAGUACCUCUCUGCAGAAGAGAAGGCGUGUCUCAUGUUCUUGGAGGAGACAAUUGAUGCCCUUGACACAGACGAUGACAGUGGCCUGUCUAACGAUGAAGCUGAAAAUCUUCCUGCACGUGGAAAUGUUGCCACCAAAACAGCUUGUCUUUCUGCUUCCAUGAAUCAAAUUAAGCAAAAAGAUAUUCCAAAGCAUUACGUUGAUGAUCCUAGUAUGUACGGCAGCUCCGAGCACAAUCAAAUCCUGAAUUACUUGGUUCCAACACCUUUUGUUCUGGCAAAUGGCAGUCCCCAUUCUCCUCCCAAACCUGGACCACCUGCAUUUAAGGAGAAACCAUCUCCAAAAGAGGUUACAAAAGUGCACAAAAGCAACAAGGAAGUUCCACAUGUACCAUCAGAAGUGAAUGUAGUGGUGAUUCCUCCUCCAUUAAUGGGCAAAACCAAUAAUGCCAAAGAUCAAGGACUGCAGAUUGAUCGUACCCCUCGGGGACCUUUGACCUAUGAGGGUUUGGUGCAGCUACGCAAGAAGGUAUCCUCACGAAAAAACACUGACAGUGAGCGGCAGCCCUCUACACAUCAAGAUCUGGUUUUCACCAAGAACGGAGCCCAAGUUAUCUCGCAGAACAUCCAACCUAAUAGGAUCCAACCACCAGCUGUGGCCCCUAAACCCAAAAAGAUGCCAUCAAACAUUGCUGUUCUGAAUCACAAAGGAACCACUGAUGCUAAUGGAGACUCUUGCUUAUCUACAUCCCCUGGCAGUGGAGGUUUGAUGAAGCCAGAGAAAGUGAGGCUGGAGGCUUUAUCAAAGCUGGGUCUUCUUAAGGAAUCUGAUGCAAAACCCUCGUCCAGCUCAGUUCCAGAUUUGUCCCAGAGCAGGCCAGCUCCUCCUUGUGCUGCUUUAAGGAGCCAAGAACUAAGGAACCAGUCAAACCAAGGCAGCAAUGUCCCCCAUCACCGCUCUUUAUCAGACCUAACUGUAGGUCCUUCUCGUUUACAACAACACAACAUCAAGUCUGCCGUAGGUAAGGCUGCUACCCUGGAUAGGUCUGGAAUGGGUCUGGGAAGCAGCCCGUCCACAGGAGGGGAUCUUUCAAACAAGUUAGUUUCUCAGAAUCACCUGCAAUGUUCUUCCACAAAGGUUGGAAAAAACAACCUUGGGAACAUCCAGAGAGGAACAACAGUCCCCUCGUCUCCUGGCAAAACAACAAUAAAACAAUCAUCCACUGUCCCUCCAGUAACCAACAACCUCUUACAUGCACCAGGCUUAAAUGUGGUGAGGGUGCCCAACAUGGGGGAGGACCGACGAGAGGCUCUGAGAAAGCUAGGACUGCUGAAGAACUGAAUGUUGAGAACUCUUUGCAGCACUGAAUAGAAGCACUUUUCUGUUGACAUUGGCUUAUCCUGUCCCUUUUUCACAGGACAGCUUGUCAGAGUUUGUCAGACAAUCAACCAAACAUCACCCUGAUGCCUUUUUAUUAAGAUGAUAUUGAAGCAAUUUCCUAGACGUCCAUUGAUUUCGAGAGUUGCUUCUUCGUAGAAAAUUUGUUUGCUUGCUUUAUAUUUUUUCACUUUCUUUUUUUAAAACUUUAUAAGUAAUGUAAAGGUAGCCUCUUUGAUAAGGUAAUUGAUGACAUGGUUUACAUAAAAGUGAUUAGUGUCUCUUUUAAAAGGUGACUGUACAGUAUGUGGACACAAGUAUUGGGACACUUGUUAUAUAAUGUAAAAUAAUGUAUUCUGCUUUUGUUAGAAUAGCUGUCUCUAAUAUCCAUGAAAGGCUUUCUACAAGAUCUUGAAACAUUGUUGUAAAAAUUUGAUUGCAUUCAGUGACAAGAAAAUUAAGGCUUAAAUUAUACUUUUACAUCAAGUCACAACGUAGUGUCUACAGCAUAGCCUGUGCAAGAGGCCUGCACCAUUGUGAGCGUUUACACUUAUGCGUUUGUAUGCCCACAUUGCUCUGUAGUUUAACUGUGAAGGCGGGAGUAUGCAACGAGAACAUGGGGCUCAUUGGACCAAUCACAGCUGCUAUCUUUGUUGCCACAACAUGUAGUUACAGCGUAGAGUAAGGCAUAGAUUCGAUACAGAAGCAAGAUUUGGCCUUUAAUAAGGUAAUAAUGUUUCUCUGUGCUGAUUUUUUUAUUUAUAAUACCACUAUAGUCUAUGCCUGCUACUAGGCAUACUACCAAUAGAUGUUCAUUAGAAUUGGUGUCCAUAAACAUUUGGACAUACAGCACGUGUAUUGGACAGCACCUGUUGGACUGCAUAUGUCUCUAAUUUAUAUUCAUUCCAAUGCACAGAUUUGAUUUCUGAGUCAUUCACAGUGUUUCAAUAUCACAUUCUUGUCUCAUUGGCGACCUGCACCUGCACAUGAAUAGCCCCACAGUGUGCCGGCCUGACUGUUGAGUGUUGGCGCAACCCGACAACCCCCUGGAUGUCUUUUGGUGCACUCUGCUCUCUGAUAGAUCACCUAUCCGUCAGACUCCUCAUCUUACCUCUAAGUGAAUGAGGGUAUAGUCAGAGCUUGUGGAUUAGUAGAUUAUCUCAGGUUGUGACCAACACCUGACCACACUCUCACAAAAGGCCACUGUUCACAUUACCCAGCUUCUCGGAUUCAUCACCCUUUAAUCUCGGUAUGGGUUUGUGGGGGCGUCAUGACUCCCAAACCAAUACUUUUAAUAAAACAGACACUUCUCGAUCUAAAAUCUAAAAAUUAGCAAUAAUAGUAUUACAGCUUCUAAAUUACCUUGUAAUUCAGAGGACUAGAGAACAAACAAAACAUAUACGGUUCUAAAAUUCAUAAAAUAACUGCUGAGUGAUACUUGCUAAACAGAUUAGCUCUAACCCUAGCCAGACAAACUUGAUACAGCUAUUUACUGAUAUUUAGCUCCCUUGAUUAGCUGAAUGAGUUAGAUUAGGAUAAUUGUAGUGUGUUAAGGCAAAUACACUUCUGUACAUUGUAAUGCAUAAUUUCUGUUAUUUUUGCAUAAAUUGUCAUAUUGGAAACUAAAAUAAAGCAAAAUAUGGCGUGCAAAA